GGCGGAGGCAGCUCGGUGUGUGGAGGCUGGGGGGAGCUGCUGGUAGUGCCGGGUCGCACCUCAGGAGGGGCUGGGCGGCGGGUGAGGGGCUGUGCGGGGCGCUCGGCACGGCAUAGCACAGCACAGCACAGCCUGGCCGGUUCAGUCCCGUUCGCCCGGCUCUACUCAGGUGCGACGUCUCGGCGAAGACCGCGCAAACUUUUUGCCUGGGCACGCUGUGGCACGGUGCACACCAGCGUAGGGAGUGGAAGGCGCCGGGGGCCCUGAGGGGACUGGGGCUCCGCAGGGCAGCGGCGGGAAGCAAGCGCUGAGCGAGGCACUCUCGGUCCUGCGUCGUCAUGGGGGAGCGAGUCUGUGAAGCAACCGCACCGCGGAGGUGAACGGCGGCAGCCCCCAGCGCGCCCGCCCCGAGUGCCGCCGGCGGGCCCUCCUCUUCCUCUGGCGGCGCGGAGCCGGUGCCCGCGCGGAGCAGCAGCGCGUAACGGGGCUGCGCCCCCGCCGCAACCCCCGCCGGCCGCCUGAGGAUGGGCCGCGGCUGCGCCUCCGCCCCGGGGCGCGCAGGGGCGCUGGUGCUGCUGCUCCUCUGCUUGGGCGCGGAGCUGGCGAGUGGGGGUGGAAAGAAGUCUUACAGUGGACCAUGUGGGGGCCGCGAUUGCAGCGCUGGAUGCAAGUGUUUUCCAGAGAAGGGUGCACGGGGUCGCCCAGGACCAAUUGGGCUUCAGGGACCAAUAGGUGCACCUGGACUUACUGGCCCAGAAGGUUUGCCAGGAGCAAAAGGUGAGAGGGGAGCAGUGGGCCCCCCUGGACCAGCUGGACAGAAGGGAGACAAGGGCCCAAUGGGAGUUCCAGGAUUUCAAGGCAUCAAUGGGAUCCCAGGACACCCUGGACAGUCUGGACCUAGAGGUCGGCCUGGCCUCGAUGGCUGCAAUGGUACCACUGGGAGUCCUGGCAUUUCUGGAUCAGAUGGGUUUCCUGGCCUGCCUGGGUUGCCUGGUCGUCCUGGCCCAAAAGGCCUUAAAGGAGAACCUGUUUUUGCACAAGGCAGUCUUAAAGGAGUGAAGGGAGAAAAUGGUCUUCCUGGAUUGGAUGGAAUUUCUGGCCCAAAAGGUUUCCCAGGUCCCAUAGGUGCUGCAGGCCCUAUAGGAUUACCAGGUUUGCAGGGUCCAAUGGGUCCCCCUGGGCCACCAGGUCCAAAAGGUAACAUGGGAUUAGGCUUUCAAGGAGAGAAAGGAGAAAAGGGUGAUGUAGGGCUGCCUGGCCCUCCAGGUCCCCCACCAUCCACUGGAAUACUGGAAUUCAUGGGAUUUCCAAAAGGCAAGCAAGGAGAAAAGGGUGAGCCAGGUCCUCAAGGAUUCCCUGGAGAAAAAGGAUUGCCUGGCCUGCCGGGCUUUGGAGGUGUUGGAGAGAAAGGAGAAAAAGGUGUGCCUGGCUUACCGGGUGGCAGGGGUCUUUUGGGCCUGGACGGAUCUGAUGGGAUUCCCGGAAGAAAGGGUCAUCCAGGUAUUCCAGGCUAUCCAGGACUGGAUGGAGUCGAAGGCAUGAAGGGUGAAUUAGGUGACAUCGGUCCCCCAGGCCCUCCUAUCGUUAUUGACAGGGAAGGUGUAGUCAUUUCAGGUGGCCCAGGUGACCCUGGAAAUCCAGGAAUACCUGGUCCUCCAGGAGAUGAAGGGAUCGGUGGUUUACCAGGCCUUCCAGGAGCUCCAGGGUUUCCAGGUCUGGAGAGAGAUGGAAUGGGCCCUGGUGGGUCUCCAGGUGUUCCUGGUGUGAAGGGCGAAGUGGGAGAACCAGGAAGAGCAACGAUUGGAUUACGAGGCAGUCCUGGCAGCGUUGGUUUACCGGGUCUGCCAGGAGCACCAGGAUUGCCUGGUUCACCACGCCCUUCAUCCCUCCCAGCCACAAUCCUGGAUGGAAGGCCUGGGGUCCCAGGGGAGCCCGGACAAAGAGGGCUGCCAGGAGCUUUGGGUCCCAAGGGGUACAAAGGAGAGGCAGGUGAUUGUGCCUGUGAUGGAGGAGUUACAAGAGUUGGUCUAAAAGGCAUCUCAGGUCCAGCAGGUCCGUCGGGAGGCCCUGGUGUGCCGGGGAGUAAGGGCAUUGGUGGAGACCCAGGCACUGUGGGUGCACCAGGACUGCGAGGCCCUGCGGCUUCGGCUGGUCAGCCAGGCCUUCCAGGCCUUAAGGGAGAAAAAGGGGAUUCGUCCUACGCAACAGGCAAAGGUGCCCGUGGGGACCCUGGUGCAACGGCACCCAGAGGACCUUCGGGCAUCCCAGGAACCCCUGGCAGGGAUGGACUCCCAGGCUUGCCAGGCCCACCAGGCCCUCCAGGUGAUGGCGCGCUAGGUUUCCCAGGUGAAAAAGGGCUGCCAGGAUUGCCUGGCUCCAAGGGCCAUCGUGGAGAAACUGGUUCUCCUGGCGUUGGAUAUCCAGGUCCUAGUGGAGUUCGUGGGCCAGCAGGUGACCCGGGAAUGGAUGGGUUUCCAGGACAAGCAGGUCUUCCAGGCCCUCCAGGUAUCACCUUGCCCUGCGUCGUUCCUGGAGCGUAUGGGCCCCCAGGGACUCCCGGCUUUCCAGGAUUGCCAGGUGCCAAAGGCAGCAAAGGCUUUCCAGGCAUUCCAGGCCAACCUGGAUUACAUGGGUCAAAAGGACAUCCAGGGUCUCCAGGAAUAAUAGGCUUGCAAGGGGAACCUGGCUUCCCUGGGCCUCGGGGAGAGCAAGGAUUACAAGGACUUCCAGGACUGGAUGGAACAGAUGGUCUGCCUGGGAAAAUGGGCGCCUCAGGCUUAGCUGGAACAAAAGGAGCUCCUGGAGAUGUAUUUGGUGCUGAGAGUGGAGCCCUGGGAGAGCGUGGCCGACCUGGGCUCCCAGGUGAUAAAGGGCUUACAGGUGAUCUUGGAUUUCCAGGACCAAAAGGGUUAGAUGGAAGACCAGGCCUCCUAGGUAUUAAAGGCGAACAGGGUAAUCCAGGAUAUUCGGGUGUCCCUGGAUUGCGGGGACCUCCCGGUCCUGGAGGUCCUUUUGGCAUCAAGGGGAAACCGGGACCCAUGGGGUCGGUUGGCCUUGCAGGAGCACCAGGACUUCCUGGAGCCAAAGGCUUGGCUGGGGAUGUGGGUCCACAAGGCCCUGCUGGUAUGAAAGGCUUCCCAGGUCUUGAUGGUACACCAGGAUCCCCUGGGGAAAGAGGAUUCUUAGGGCCGCCCGGACCUUUUGGUCAAGAUGGACAUCCAGGUUUCCCUGCGCCAAAAGGCGAGAAAGGCUCUUCUGGCCUGCUUGGUUUCCCUGGCAUGCCAGGUCUGCCGGGUGUCCCCGGGGUGAAUGGGUUUAAAGGAGCUCCUGGCACAGCUGGAGGAAAAGGGAGCCCUGGAGCUGUGGGACUCCAUGGUCAAAAAGGUGACAGAGGUGAUGUAGGUCCACCUGGUCUUCCUGCUCUUGGGCUUCCAGAACAGGCAGUGCAGUUCAAAGGAGACAAAGGAGAUCCUGGGUUAGCUGGACUUGGAGGAUUCCCUGGACCUAGAGGUGAUAAAGGAAUCCCAGGCAGCCGUGGACAGCCUGGUCUCCCUGGUCCAGUGGGGUCAGCAAGCAAAGAGAAAGGUCUUCAUGGUGACCCAGGCUUCCCCGGUCCACCUGGACAGCCUGGGCUGCCGGGACAGAAGGGUACACAUGGUAUCGUAGGAUUUCCAGGAAUGCCAGGAGACAGGGGUCCAGAUGGUAUCACUGGAGCACUUGGAUUCCCAGGACCUAUUGGCCUCCCUGGUCCAAAGGGUGACCAGGGAGAGCCUGUUGGCAUUCCUGGUAUUGCUGGAGCAAAAGGAGAGCGAGGGGACCCGGGCUUCCCAGGAGAGAGAGGGAGAGAAGGACCCAAGGGAGAACCAGGCUACCCAGGAAACACUGGGGUCAGUGGGCUCAAAGGCAGCCCAGGAGAUCUUGGCCGAGAAGGACCAGCAGGAAUCCCUGGAAAUGCUGGGCUGAGAGGAACCCCUGGGCCACCAGGACCUCCAGGGCAGCCAGGAUCUGUCGGAUUCCCUGGAGCUCAUGGAGCAGCUGGACCUAAAGGGUUUCAUGGAUUUCCGGGUUUAAAUGGUCUGAAUGGCUUGCCAGGCACAAAGGGGUCUCCUGGAACACCAGGUCUGAGUGAAGCUGGACUGAAAGGCCCCGCAGGUCUCCCAGGUCCAAAGGGUGAAGAAGGUUCUCCAGGCUUGGGUAGAGGAGCUCCAGGAUUCCCUGGACCAAAAGGCUCGUCAGGAGACAUGGGUCCUCCUGGUCCUGUGGGACUGCCUGGCUUGCCAGGAACACCCGGAGCUUCUCUUCCUUCUGACAUACGUGGCAGACCCGGGGAUGCUGGCCUUCCAGGAACUGAUGGGAGCUCAGGUCUUCCAGGUCCUCCAGGACCACGAGGGCCCCCUGGCCCAGCUUCUGACCAAGGUGACACAGGCAAUCCAGGUUUCCCUGGUGUUCUUGGCUUGCGAGGCAUUAAGGGUGAUGUGGGACCCACUGGUCCAAUUGGACUCCCUGGAGCAUCUGGAUUGAAAGGUAUAAGAGGGGACCCUGGCCUUAUGGGGAUGCCAGGUAAAGACGGGCCUGCAGGGGACCCUGGUCACCCCGGGCUGAAAGGUGAAAUGGGCCAUCGAGGUCUCCCUGGCCGACAAGGGGCUCCAGGUAUAACCCCCCAGCCAGAAGAAAUCACAGCCCCUGCAGGCUUACCUGGCCUGCCAGGAAUAGAUGGUGUCCCUGGCUUUGAUGGAGAUCAUGGAUUCCAGGGCCCAGCUGGAAAACCAGGUUCAAAAGGUCUGCCAGGAAGGUCUGGCUUGAAAGGACGUGAUGGUUUGCCUGGAACACCGGGCAUAGUUGGAGAUCCAGGACCUCCGGGUGCACCAGGGCCACAAGGAUUUGAAGGUGUUGCUGGAAAACCAGGCUUGCUUGGUUUGCCGGGAAUGCCGGGUCGGAGCGUGGGUGUUGGAUACACAUUGGUGAAGCACAGUCAGUCAGACCAAAUCCCACCAUGUCCCAUAGGAAUGAAUAAGCUCUGGGAAGGCUACAGCUUAUUGUACGUGGAGGGGCAGGAAAAGUCCCACAACCAGGAUCUUGGUUUUGCUGGCUCGUGUUUGCCUCGCUUCAGCACCAUGCCUUUCAUUUACUGCAACAUCAAUGAAGUGUGCUACUACGCCAGCCGAAACGACAAAUCCUACUGGCUCUCCACCACUGCGCCCAUCCCCAUGAUGCCGGUGGACAGCGAGCAGAUCCCGCAGUACAUCAGCCGCUGCUCGGUCUGCGAAGCUCCUUCCCAGGCUGUGGCCGUGCACAGCCAGGACAUCACCAUCCCGCAGUGUCCCCUCGGCUGGCGCAGCCUCUGGAUAGGAUACUCCUUCCUUAUGCACACUGCGGCUGGUGCGGAAGGUGGAGGUCAGUCCCUCGUCUCACCUGGAUCUUGCCUGGAGGAUUUCCGUGCCACUCCGUUCAUCGAAUGCAACGGCGCGCGGGGAACGUGCCAUUACUUUGCAAACAAAUACAGCUUCUGGCUGACGACGGUGGAGCAGUCGCAGCAGUUUGUCAGCGCUCCUCCCUCGGAAACCCUGAAAGCGGGACAGCUUCGCACGAGGGUCAGCCGUUGCCAAGUGUGCAUGAAGAACUUGUAGUAACAAAAAUGCGACGUUAAGUCUUUGUUACCUGAGAGUAGACAUCACUGACGUGAAAAAGGAUAAAUUCAUGAACCUGUUUGGUGUGUGGUUGAUGGGUGAAUCAGGACAGCCAGAAUUAUACUAAAAUUGAGAGUCAAGUCGAGGAGUUUGACAGCACACAGAGGAGGGAAAGGCCAGUGCUCUGAAACCUCGUUUUUUUUAUGGAACAUGGUGCUACACUUUUACUUCCAUGGGGUUUUUUCCCCCUCAUUUAUGGCUACCUCAGAAAGUCUCUGUGAGUUCCAUAUUCAGACCAAAGAGUAACUGAGGUCUCACAUCACACCACUCCUCUGUCCGAGGAACACGCCAAUCAGCAUCAAGAGACUUUUGAAAAGUUAUGCUUUAUUAGUGUCUUUGCAAACAGUAUUUGAUUUAGUGAAAGGGAACAAAGACUCCUUCUCUUAUGAAAUACAGAGCUAGCUAAAAUUUAUCAGUGUGUUGCAGGAGACUUAGAAACUCUAAGCCUUAUUGGUUGAUAACUGACUUUCGUAGGAAAACUCAAAGAUGAAUUUGUUUUGCCUUGCGUGUUAAACAAAUGGGAUGUUCUUUCUUCUAGUGACAGGUAAUCAGUUCUAAAUCCAUACUCUCAUCCACGGCUGGCUUUAAAGAGCUACCCCGGUGGAAAACGCCAUUUCUGGUGUGGGGAUGAAUCCAAACCACCUCUACCAUUUUUCAUAGCUUUCUGUUGAAAUACGUUGCAGGUAAAAUGUCUCCUCCAAGGUCUGUGCUUAUCUCCUCGCAGGCAAAGGACAUGCAGCCACCAGGAGUGUUUCAUUGCUAUGAAUGUGCAUUUCCUUUCUGAGGUAGCCUGGGCACACUUGGUUUGCAAUUCUUCAGGCUGUGUGUGUUUGAAAAGUAGAGGCUUUAGUAGCCAGCAGCAAGCUUCUGCAGACACAGAGGUGAGCAGCUGAGGGAUGUAAAUGUUUACUGCUGCAGUUACAAUAUGUUGUAUACUUCUUCCUCUGGGCUUUUUUCCUGUUAGCUUAAAGAACUCUAUUUCUAGUGUAUGCACUGUUAACUAGUCACACUUUCCUUCAGGGCAUAAUUAAAAAGAAGUGCCACUAAUUGUAUUAUCCGUGUAUAUUUUGAGGGGAAGCCAUGAAAAGGUAUGCUAAUAUAUAUAUAAUGAAUUCAUUUAGUUGGGCUAAAGUUAUUACCAACCCCUCUAGCAUGAAGCAUACGACCUCCUUGUAUAUUGACAUCCCAGGACAUUUGAGAAGUGCCUUGCAAAUGCACUGUCACCUUGGCCUAAAAAUCUUUGAGAAAAAUUGUUAAGAAAUUACUAAUGCAAGACUGAUACAUUAUUUUAAAAGAAUAUUUCUUUGCUAGGUUCUAGGGCUCUAGCUCUAUCCAGUGAAGUACUUAAGAACGUGCUUACUUUUAAGCAGAUAACAUUUUUACUCUUAAUGAUUAUUUACAUGCAUAAUAUUAUCUUCCUAGAUUGAGGCCAGAGGGCUCUGCAUGUUCUAGAGUUGAACCACACUGGAGACAAGCAGAGAAUUUAUGAAGAACAUUUUAGUCUUUCAUUUAACUUAUUUCUAAUUGUGAAAGAUCAACAACUGCUUUGGCUGUAUUUUCCAAAUACCUUUAAGGCAUUUUAACGCACCCGAGGGACAAUCCUUCUAUGCAGAAUAACCAGUGUACUGCUUAGCUUUCCUAGCACAGACACAUCAUAUUGUAUUUGCAUCUUGGGUUAUGCAGAUACAACUUGAAAACAGUGUGCGCACAGUGAAGCCCACUGCUUUUGGAAAGUUGGUGCAAAGAACUGGCAUGGGGCUCCAUGGGGUUUGUCAGCCGUGGGGCUCCCAUGGCGCUGUGCAAAGAGGUGUCAAUUGGGUAGUGUGUCUACAGGGACUUGGGUUUAUUUUUGAACACAGACACAUGCAGAUAUGUUUUUUCCCCCCCAGGAUCAGUGCCUUACGCAUUUUAACCACCACUGCCUUCAGGGAGCUGCUGCUCUUGCAAUAACCUGGUUGUUUGCUUUGUCCAAACCUCAUCAGGUUCGAGCGGCCCGGUCUUUCCCCACGCUGUUCACACAGAACCCGUUUUCUGCCAGGUACGUGGGGUGGGGAUUCCAACCACCAGCCAUUCUUCGUCAGCCACAUUUUCAUAACCCUGUUUGUCUCCAAAAAUCGAGAGGUCUGUGGAGUGCAGACCUGCCCUCGGAGCAGUGUCUACAGAACAAAUCUGUGUUUGGAGUAAAUACACUGUGCUCCACCAAGGGAUUUUUUAAUGUAGGUGCUUCCUUUUAUUUUUUUUAGCAGUUACUGCUCAGGUCUGAGCAUUUCAAAGCAAGGGCUUCAUUUUCAUCUGUGGGGAGGAGGGCGCUACAAUUGCUGUUACACGAACAAUAAGUUACUGUAUUAAUUAAGUCAUGCUUUGUUUUAAAACAAACAUGCAGGUAAUCCAUGGAGAGGGGAAGAAAAUCAUAUUUUUAUAUCUGUAUAGUUUCCAAACUGGUUAAUAAACACUGAAGGCAAACAA